UGCAGUCGGAGUCACCGAAUUUGGCGGAGCAUUAGCACUCCAGCAGCAGACAGAAAAAGACAAACCUCCACAUCAGACAGGAGUGAUUAAAUGUAAAAGUGCAAAAAUAACGGGAAAGAUUUUCACAUCUUUCCCGAUGAAAUAUUUUUUCAUAAAUCAAGUGAAAAAAUAACCCACAAAAAUUGAAAAAAAAAGUACAAAAGAAAGGAGAAACAGAAACACAUCAACCGAACGACUUAGAGUGCUUAUAAUAUUUUUUUAGUUGUCGAGUUUAGUUCCAUUCAAUUCCUCAGUUUUCUUUUCCAUUAACUUCACUUUUCUUCUGACAUUGGAUUAAAAAUCUAACAUCUGCUUCGGCAAGAUAAACAGACGAAAUCGAUCCAUAUGUCAUCGUUUGUAUUGAUUAAUUUAUCAGUUACAACAAAUAUUUGCAGUAAUAAUCACAGCGAAGAGGUUCGCAAGAAAAAACAGCAGAAGAAGUAGAAACACGAAAAAACAGCAAAAAUCAAAAAAAAGUAAAAAUCAAAAAAAAAUCAAGACAAAUUUAGAGACAUUAUCUCUGAGUACAGAUAAUGUCAAUAAUUGACAUUGCAUCAUUAUGUAGAAUUUGGAAGACAUUUUUACUCGGCUUUGGUCUUUUAACUUUUCUUAGUAAAAAAACUGUCUAUGUCGCAGAAGCUGAAGGGAACAUUGGCUGCUUAUUUGCUGAAUCGUUGUGUAUGCCACAUCUAGAAUGGUGUUACGAUGAUUUUGCUUUUGGUAAAUGUCUUCCACAAUAUGGUUUGGAGCCAGAAGAACUGUUUCGGGAACCGCUCGAGGAAAAUCAAGUAGCUGUCUUGCGGGCAAUGCUUGAGGAAUUGCAGGGGGCCGGUUUGGGAUGGCAAGAUCCGUUUGUACAGUGUCGCAUGCAAGGUGCCCUCUUCGCACUGAGAACAAAGUCUGACUUGCCUAAGAACUUGUGUGCGUCGCUGGCGCCGCCGGCAUCGCCACUCACCCUGCCUUCGUCAAACAGCAUUGACGGUAUCGAUAGCAAUCCGGAUCCCGAAGCGUUUGUGCGUUAUGCGCCGCCAGCUGCCGAUCUCUUCUACGGCGGCAAUCCGCUACGCAAACGCAAUCGCUUCUCGCCGCCGGAAGACGCCAUGAAUCCCUUUGUCGAACGCGAGUUGCAGGAAGAAAUUUUGAACGCAGCUCCGUACGAAAAUCUCUACGAUGCCCGCGCCGAAGCCCAAAAAGAGCUCCAGAACGAGAUUCUUUUGCGAACAAUUUUGAGUGAGGAAUUCGCAAAUGAUCGUUCGGUGCCGCAAGAGCUCCCGCGCGACUACGGCUACCAAAACGACAAUGAAUUCGUGCCCAAUUUCCCGGAUGUCCUGAAACGCAAACAAAAUUUCUAUCCCGCUUCGCAAGACCCGCAACCGUCGCACUUCAAGGAGCGCCAACACCUGCUCGAAGAAGAAGCCGUCAACGAACUUCUCGACGAAAUUGCGGAUCAGCAACAACACGAAUCGCCUUUCCGCGAAGUUGCCCAGCAUCGGAACAGCAAACAGCAUUUAGUAGAAGCCGAGAAUGAACUUCCGCUGUUCCCGUUCAAAUCCAACUUUGAAUAUGGCAGACCAGAAACCGGCAUUUACACGGAAGGCGGCGUAAUUUAUCCCGAAGCUGCGGACCAAGGAGCCUCGUUUGACAGCAAAGAAGAGGCACGGAACGUUCUUGCUGAUAUUUUGGGUUUUACGCGUCACGAACGCUUGGAUGUGAAGAAACCCGGACCAGUUGUUGUUCCGCCAUCCUCGGCUCCGGAAGUAGUUGGCAAGACGAGCAACAACAGCACGAAGCAGGAAACGGAAUCGGGACCUAAAAUGAAGAAAGUACCGAACAACGAUCACUCCGGAAAUGACGACCAUGCGCCACAUAUUGUCGAUAAUGCUUACGCUCAUGUGCGUUUGAAGAAUCCUAUCGACAGUUGGAAAGAUGGCGAACGCAUCGUCGACAUUCUCGCCGAGACGCUCAAAAUGGAAAAAUACUUCAUCAAAGUUCGCGUCGAUCGUCACGAAGUCUCUUUCUUCGUUGCUCCGAAUCCCGAACGUCGCACCGCCCAAGAAGUCGCCCGCUUAAUCAACGAUCCACGCACAAAAGCCAACAUUUCCCGUCGCUACGGCAUCAUCAUCGAAGCUGCUGGCGUCGGUGACAAAACGAAGCAAAUCGAUCCGUCGCUCGUCACCAGCGAACGACUCAAUGGUCGCGCCGAAGACGCUCCCGAUGUCACGCACGUCAUGGCAUACAUGUUUGCAGGAGCUGGCGCUGCCGCCGCUGUCGUCAUUGUCAUCACGCUGUUUUUAAUUAAGCGCCACGACAAGAAAAAGGAUAAACUUGGCGGGUUACCGACAGGCAUCACCGGUGCCGAAACCUGCAGCAAGGAUUAUCAGGAAUUGUGUCGCGCACGCAUGGCUGGCAAGGGAACACCCGCUGCCGAUGGCAGUGGCAGAAUAACGACAUUGGCGAAGGAGAGUGAGAAACCGCAAUCGAAUCGUUCAAGCACCUCGUCAUGGAACGAAGAACCUGCCUUGACGAAUAUGGAUAUUUCCACAGGACACAUGGUGCUUUCUUACAUGGAAGAUCACUUGCGCAAUAAAGGCCGUCUCCAACGAGAAUGGGAAGCUCUGUGCCGUUAUGAGGCAGAGCCAGGAGCUCGUGACGCCGCAUUGCAACCCGAAUGCAACAACUUGAAUCGCCAAACUGCUCCCUUGCCCUUCGAUCAUUCUCGUGUCGUCCUCAACCAUCUAGCCAAUGCCGAAGGAAUGGACUAUAUUAACGCAUCCACUAUCACUGAUCACGAUCCCCGCGCUCCCGCUUACGUUGCUGCACAAGGACCCCUUUCCACGACAAUUGCCCACUUCUGGCAGAUGAUUUGGGAACAAGGUGCCGUCGUAAUUGUCGCUCUUUGCAAGUUAGAUGAGAACGGCGAGAGUCAGUGUGCCCGUUAUUGGCCCGAGGAGGGAGCCGAGACGUAUCACAUCUACGAAGUGCAUCUCGUGAGUGAACAUGUGUGGUGCGACGACUAUUUGGUCCGUUCGUUCUACCUGAAGAACAUCAAGACAGGCGAGACGCGCACCGUUACGCAAUUCCAUUUCUUGUCGUGGCCACAAGCAGGAGUGCCGACAUCCGCAAAGGCGUUGCUCGAAUUCCGACGGAAGGUCAACAAGAGUUAUCGUGGUCGAUCGUGUCCGAUUGUUGUUCAUAGCAGCAACGGAGGCGGUCGUACUGGAGCUUACAUCCUCCUGGAUUUGGUACUUGGGCGCAUGAAUAAAGGAGCGCGCGAAAUUGACAUCGCAGCCACACUCGAACAUUUGCGCGAUCAACGCGCUGGAUUGGUAGCCACACGACAACAGUUUGAAUUUGUAUUGAUGGCUGUUGCUGAAGAGGUUCACGCCAUCCUAAAAGCAUUACCACAAAAUUCCCAAAGUGGUUCACAAGAAAAACGUGACAAAGACCUUGAAAAGGAGUCUACCAGCAAAGAUACGGACGAGAAAGACACGGAAAAGAAGGUAGACGAAAAAGAAGCCGAAAAAUCUGAGAAAACUGAGAAGAAACCAACACCGGAAAAAAAGUCUCAGAAAUCACCAAAAACUGAAAAGAAAAAGUAAAAAUGUCCCAUCAACAAAAAAAGAAACAUCUUUUUCUCUACAUAAUGUAAAACUAGAGGAAAACUUAUAAUUUUAUUUAUUAUUUCAAAAAAAAGUCAGUUAACUACAAAAAAAUGGUAUUUGGGGGCCAUCAAUAAUAAUGAUUUACAUAAACAUCAAAAAUAACAAGAUUAUCAGAGCUAAUGAUAAGAAAAAGCACAUUACCAUCUUUGUGUCCCAAAAAAAAAAAAAAUUAUAAAAAAAAUAUUAACUGUAACUGUUUAAUUAUAUAUUCGUAUAAAUAAUGUGUAAAACAUGAAGACGCAUAACAACAAUGUAUUUUGCAAAAAUAUUCUCUUUAAAAAAAAUAUUAAUUAUUAAUAGUCAGUCAACAUCAUAUACAAUCGUAAAACCGUUCUUCUUAUCUUGUAUUGAAAACAAAAAAAAAAUAUUCCUAAAAAUAUAAAAUAUUAAUGUUGUUAAAGUGGGACGUUACACAAAGUCGUCUUUGCAUUUAUCGUAAAAAAAAUUGCUUAAGGACGCGCGAUAAAUGCUUAGCGUUAAGGAUACGCAGGAGGUGAACUCCAUGUACCUUCAUAAAGAGCUUUGUGUAAUUAAAAAUUUUUUGAAAAAAUUCAAAAAUUUUCGUCCAUUCAAAAAAAUAUUAUUAUAAAUUAUUAAAUUUGCUUAUAAUAUUAUUGUCUUACAAAACAUACAAAACUUAAUUAUUGACUCAUAGGGAAAUUCAAGAGAUUGUCAAUUUUUUGUCUAUAGAUACCAAACAAAAAAAAAAUAUUUAAAAAUAGAUGUUGUGUAUUUUAUUCUCUUUUUUGGGAAAUUUUUGUUCAUUUUUGCUUUCCAGCCCGUAAAAAUGAAUUUAAAUUUCCACCCACCAAAUAAAAAAAUAUAUAUACAUAAUAAAUAAUUAAACAUUAUAUAAUAAUAUAAAAUAACAUACAUUAUAUAAAUUUCAAUGAUCAAAACUUAUAAGAACAACAUAUAUGAAACAUCUAAGAUCAAGAAAAAAAACUCCCUUUUCGGAUUGGAAUGGAUUAAAAAAUCAUAACAACAUCAAUGAUUUAUUUUGAAUGAAGCAACAUCAAAAACAUUCAAUAAAAUCUCUCAAACAUUAGAUUAUAUAACUUAAAUAGCAUGAUAUAUAAAUGUAUAUGCAAGAUACUUAUUAUUUAAAAAAAAUAUAUAAUAAAUAAUAAUACAUAUAUCACACAUGUACCUCCAAUAAUACAACAAAAAAUAUAAAAAAAAUCUAAAAAAAUAUAUAUAAUUAUAAAGCUCUGCUAUUAUAUAUAAACAAAAAAAAAAUAUAUAAAAAUUUUUAAUUUAAUUCCACAAAAGCUACAAAUUAACGACAUAUUUGAUGCAAAGAAUCAGGAAGGAAAAUUCAUGUUUUUUUUUAAUUUAAAAAAAUAUAUAUUGAAUUAUUUUGAAAUAAAAACAGAUACGUAUCAGUAGGAAACAACAUUAAUGAAGAAACACAAGGAAAAAAGUUUAAAAAAUAUAUUUAUGAAAAAAGAAAGAAAUAUAUUAUUGUUGCUUUAUAUAUAAAUGUCUAUUUUUGAAAAUUAUCAUAAAAUUAUAAAAAAUAUUGUUAAAAAAAAUAUUUUUUUUUAAUUUUAAAAUUUUUGUUGUCAUUGUGCCUAAACGCCAGCCUGUUUAAGUACUUUGACUUACAGUCGUUUGACUCUAAAAAUAUUUUUGAGUACAAUCCGUUCAUAAUUUAUCAUAAAUUCAAGAAAUGAACGAAAAAUGGUUCCGAAUUUUAUUUUAAAAUUAAACUUAUUAAAAAUAUGGGAUGAGAUACAAAACAUUUAAUAAUAAAAAAAAUAUUUAUUGUAAAUGUAUAAUGUUACAAAAAAAAGUAUAAAAUAUAUAUUUUAAAUAAAUAAAAAAUAAAUAUGUACUAUCCAGCAAACUUAACAGACUGAUAAAAAAAAACAUAAAAAGGGAAAAUAUAAUUAAACAUUGAAUUAUUAUCUAUUACGAGUCAGAUCUAUCUAGCACGACGAGUCAGUUAACCAUUUAUUAAUUUUUCAAACCAGGAAAAUUUUUAAUCAUAUAAAAAAUAUUUAACAAAAAAAAAACAGGAAUAUUGAUGUUCAUACAAAAAAAAGUUAUUAUACAGCAUGAAAGUAAAAGUAAAGUAAAAUAAAUAUCAGUUGUCCGCUUGAAAAAAAAAAGAAUUAAUAUCAUAAUAAAUAAUACUAUGGAUGAAGGUUAUAAUAUUCAGUGUUGUCAGCUAUUAUAAUCUUAUUAUUUUUCUGUUUAUCAAAAAAUUAAAAAAAAAAUAUUAUCAUUGAUAACCUUCAAAUA